AUUGUUCCCCCGUCUCUCCUUCCUUCUUCCGGUUAUGGAGGUCUGCUAGAAAAGACAUUUAAACGCUGCUGCGCUCGAAAAACGGGGCUAAUUUCUAGCGGAGAGAAAAAGCAGCGAACUUAUCAGAGCAGAAUAAGUGAAGAUGCCGGUAGCUGUAGGUCCGUACGGCCAGACCCAGCCGAGCUGCUUUGAUCGGGUCAAGAUGGGCUUCAUGAUGGGGUUCGCUGUAGGAAUGGCUGCAGGCGCCAUGUUCGGUACUUUCUCCUGUCUCAGGAUCGGGAUGCGGGGCAGAGAGCUGAUGGGAGGAGUUGGGAAGACCAUGAUGCAGAGCGGAGGGACGUUCGGCACCUUCAUGGCCAUCGGAAUGGGCAUCCGCUGCUGAUGAGAACCACAACCUCCAUCUUUUAUUCCCUUCAACAACUGUACAGCCACGGGACUCUUCAAAGAACCCACAACUCUCUGCUGUCACCCACAGUCUAGUGUUAAUAAAAGUUCACGUUUGUUAAAUGAU